UUGCAAUACUGUGAGUUUAUAUAGACGGAGUAUGUUCAGAGCUUAAGCAAUCUGUAUCUGAAAAUAGUGAUUACGGUGAUUUACUAAAUAAAUCAAAAUGUCUUCAAAAAGGUUGAUAUUAAGUGCUUGCAAUAUUGCUCAUUGUGCAAAUAAUAACAUUCGUUUUGUGACUGGAAUACCAAUUAUCCACAAAUUAACAUUUGUUCAGACCGUGUCCCCCCGGUGGCUUUCAGUACGUCAUGCAGCGACACAGCCGGAGAUCGACGAAAAGAAAAAGAAGUAUAAAGACGGAAAAUUCGAUUUACCAGACCCCGAACACCUCGCCCAUUUCAGGAAGUCAGACAAACCGGAAGUGAAGGAUGAGAAGCCAGCCACCAUGCAGGGCGCCCAAGAGACGUAUGUGCCGCCCCCGGGCACGGACUCCUUACCACAUCCCAUCUGGUCACAAGAGGAACUACACGAAGUGGAGAUUACCCACAGAACUCCCGUGGGCUUUGUAGAUAAAGCUGCAUACUACAGUGUACAGACAUUUCGCACGGCCUUUGACGUCGUUUCCGGGUUCAAGUGGGGGAAAACCAAUGAAAACAAGUGGAUCAAGCGCAUUAUAUUUUUGGAGACGGUUGCAGGCGUCCCGGGGAUGGUGGCUGCAAUGACGCGGCAUCUUCACUCACUCAGACGCUUGCAGAGAGACUUUGGCUGGAUUCACACCUUACUCGAGGAGGCGGAGAACGAGCGAAUGCAUCUCAUGACGGCACUGCAGCUCCGCCAACCGGGGUUCCUGUUUCGCGGGGCCAUCAUUGGGGCCCAAGGUACGUUUGUGACGAUGUUCAGUCUGGCGUACCUGAUCUCCCCGAGGUUCUGUCACCGCUUUGUCGGGUACCUGGAAGAGGAAGCAGUCAAAACAUACACCAAAUGUCUUCAGGACAUCGACAGCGGCAAUAUGCAACACUGGCAGAGACAGCCGAGUCCCGACCUCGCCAUCAGAUACUGGAAACUAGCGCCGGAAGCUACCAUGAGGGACGUCAUUCUGGCGAUCCGAGCGGACGAGGCCCACCACCGAGUGGUGAAUCACACGCUAGCUUCCAUGAAUGAGACGGACUAUAACCCGUAUAAGCCCGGGAAAUAGUUUCGAAAUGAAUGUCUAUUGAAAACCCAACGCACUGUCACAUAGUUCAUCACCCGUGUGUGAUCAAGAUCAGGAUCCGUGCAUCGCGUAGUUCAUCACCUGUGAAUGAGUGCAGAAUCUGCGAAGUCUCGUUCAUUGAACAUGAUCUAUUUUGCAGAAUAUGUGGGUGCCAAUGAAACAGGCAAAGUCUUGGGCUUUGGUUUUAACUCAUCGAUAUUUCUUGCCUCUUGGUGUAUAGUAUUCCUGUUCAGCCGAAAACAUCAUGGGAACAACUUAUUUUUUUAGUUUUUCGUAUGUACCCUAAGGCAUUGUUAUAUGGAGUUAACAUUUCACAUUAUUCAGUGUGAUUUCAUCCGUUGCCAAACUUAUUGAUCACAGAGUGAUGGAAUUUUAGAUAAAAUUGAGUGUGUAAAUAAUAUAUACUUUAUAUAUACUAUGUAUAUAGUUUGACUUUAGUUUAUACGACCUAUGUUUUAACUAUGAUCUGAUUUCGUUCACAUGAUUUCUGAGUUAUGUUCAUAGCUCAUUUUAAAAUCAAACAUGACAUUGUCGCAUACACUGUAUCAUUAAGUCCACUCCGACAGAAGAAAAGUGGAUUAUUAUCUUAUUUGUCUUUGUAUGUUUUUAUUGUUAUAUUUAUUUUAUUCAUGUGAAGUAUGCUAUACAUUCUUACAAUAGUGUUGUUUUUUUCAUGUCAAUGUUAAUUUCUGCAACUGUUUGUUUGUAUAAUUUCCAAACGUUUUCUUUACAAUUUGAAUACUCAUUUUGGGAAUUUAUAUAUAUAUAUAUACAUGUUCAAUA